GUCACGAGUCGGUAGAACUUCUACUAUCAUAACCUCAAAAUUCAUCUGAAAACAAAUAGUUCUUUUUUGGCGUUCGUAGCCUGCCUCGUGUAACUAUCGCGUAGUUUUGUGCACAAACGGCACGAUGGGUAAAAUAAUGAAAUCUGGCAAAAUCGUGCUGGUGUUAUCUGGGAGAUACGCCGGCCGAAAAGCAGUCAUAAUGAAAACCUAUGAUGAAGGUACAGCGGAAAGACAGUAUGGUCACGCACUGGUGGCCGGUAUAGAUCGCUAUCCUCGGAAAGUCACCAAACGUAUGUCACAGGAGAAACUGAAAAAACGAUCUAAAAUUAAACCAUUUCUGAAAGUGCUCAACUAUAACCACCUUAUGCCAACUAGAUACUCCGUUCAAGAUGUAACAGUAGAUAAGGUUUCACCUAAAGAUUUAAAAGAUCCAAUGAUUAAAAAGAAAUACCGUUUCCAGACUAGGGUUAAAUUUGAAGAAAAGUUCAAGUCAGGGAAAAAUAAAUGGUUUUUCCAAAAGCUAAGGUUCUAGUUGAAAUUAUGUAAGAUUUAUCUUUUUAUUGGAUAAUAAAAAAAAAAAACCUCA